CCUGCGCCAUCCCGCUUGUCGAGUGCGCGCGGGGCCGUACCCGAGGCGCACUUCCGGCUGCACCUGCGAGCAGGUGAGCUCUGCAAAAUGGAGUCGUGAGCGAGUUUCGAUGGCCUCGAAAUGAGACGCAUUUUGUACCUGACUUUGUUGUUGGGGAGUUUCGCGCUUCCUGGCUGCCAUGCGAUUACCAUAGACACAGACGUAGAGGUCACUGGCUCGGCCGGAGAUGACAUCACUCUGAAAUGCACCUUCAAGUCCUCAGCGAUGGUGACUUCACAGCUGUCUAUUGACUGGUCCUACCGCCCAGUGAAUGGAAAGACUCCACAGAUGGUUUUCCAUUACCAGGAAGAGGCCUUUCCUCCAACUGACGGGCAGUUCAAGGACAGGAUCCACUGGCGGGGGGAUAUAAACAAGAGAGAUGCAUCCAUUCAAAUUCGAAAUGCGUCCCUCAGUGACAAUGGCACCUUCACCUGCUCAGUGCGAAAUCCCCCAGAUGUCCACGGCAGCCUGGGUGAGACCACCCUCACCGUGACACCCAAAGGGUGGACCUUCUCCUUCACAGAGUUCACUCUUUUAGCUUCCUUGGUGCUCAUCCCGUCUGCGCUGACACUUAUCGUCCUGGCACUGAUAAUUGGGUACCAGAAUGACCUGCUGUGUAAAAGGAGGAGCCUGGGCUACAGAACGUCACCUAUUGAAGUUUCAGAGGAGGAGGAGAACCUGAAGAAGAAACCCAGCAUGAAGAAGAGGAUGGUGAUGUGCUGUGCUGAAUGCUUUCAGGAAUCGGAUUAUGAAGAAGAUGAUGCCAAUCAGUCAUUGCAGCAGCAGCACCACCACCACCACCACCAUGUAGAGAGUCAUGAAGAAAAUGGAGAGAAGCGGCACUAGUGUCCCCCACAGAUGUAAAUACAACCUGCUUGGCAAAACAUCUCACUUUUACUUGGACAGUAAAUCUCAACUGGAGGGGACUGAGGUCUCCUUUGGUACUGUGGGCAAACUGCCCAAUGAAUGCGGUGGUCACACCUGCAUCAGAAAGUGCCUGUCUACACAGUAAGAGUAGGAGACCCCCCUGCUGAAUAAUAGCAUAACGAGUGAGCUGGCACAGAUUUUUUUUUUUUUUGGGGUGGGGGGGCUCUACUCUCCCAUCUGAAUAUUUGUGAGUGAAAGGUCAAAGUCAUUGCUGAAGUGGUGGCCAUUAUUAUUUCUGCACAUGUUUAUUUGCACUCAACGGCCCAAGAAGAAUUGAUAAGUUGGUGCAGGAGUUGUUGAGACACCUCUGCACUUUGCCCAAACCCCACCUAGAUCUCAUGAAGGAAGAUUUUGCUUGUGCUCUUUUUAAUAAAUUUACUAUAUUUUUUAAUAAAAUUAGAAUGUUGAA